UAAAACAGGAGACAGGGAGAGUAACAGGAGGAGACAGGGAGCUGUGGGGUGGAGAGAGAGAGAGAGAGAGAGAGAGAGAGAGAGAGAGAGAGAGAGAGAGAGAGAGAGAGAGAGAGAGAGAAGAGGUGGGUGGGAGAAUGGUCAGCUGGUGGUUAGGCACUUGAGUUAGGGAUUAAUUCUCCUUUCCGGAUGUUGCUUGUUCCACACCAGAUUGCUCUGUCAAGAGGGACGGACAAUAGAGGGAUUGAACGUUUUGGAGUAGGCAGCGCACGGUUGCUAUUGUGGUCUUUUAUUGUCUUUUUUCUUUUUUUAUAUAUAUAUAUUGUUUUUUGUUUUUUUUCCCCCACUGGAGAUUCAAUGGUGAAACACAAGUGCAGCGAGGUGAGCUACCUCUAUCUCUGAUAGAUCAGCGUACCGUACCGGGGAAGAUGCUCUAACGCAGCAAGCAACACGGCACCAGGAGUGGAGGAAUCAGCGUGUGCAUGUGAGUCAGAAGAGAAGAGACACCACCCUUCUUCUUUCCUUUCCCUCAGGAAGAGUAUAUUUUCCCCCUCCAUCUAUCAGUCAUUUAUCCCUGAGCCUGGUGGAGAUGUGGACUCAGCCCCUAUCCCUCCAUUCCUCCAUCCCUCCAGCCUUCCGCUCUCAUCUGUCUGUUUCCACAGAUCUGUGUGUGGCUGCCUUUCUCAUUCUCACAGGCAUGGCGUCGAUAGCUGGCAACAGCCUGGUUCUGCUGGUGCUGGCCCGCAAGCGCAAGAAGCUGCGGCCCCAUGAAGUCAUGACCAUCAACCUGGCCGUCUGCGAUUUUGGCUACAGCCUGCUGGGGGCGCCCUGUUUUAUCAUCUCCAGUAUCUCCCACGGCUGGGUGUUUGGUGAGGCUGGCUGCAUGCUCUAUGGCAUCCAGGGCUUCGUCUUCGGAAUCGGCUCCAUGCUCACCACCUGCCUCAUCUCCCUGGACCGAUGCUUCAAGAUCUGCAGCCUCCGAUACGGCCAGUGGAUUGAGCGGCGGCACACAGCGAUGGCGGUGCUGCUGCUGUGGGUGUACACCUUCUUCUGGGCCUCCCUGCCAGCUCUGGGCUUCGGCAGCUACGGCCCCGAGCCCUUCGGAACCAGCUGCACCAUCAACUGGUGGCGGAUAAAGGUGUCUCUAAACGACAGAGCGUACAUCCUGCUCAUCCUCUGCCUGUGUUUCUGCGUGCCCGUACUUAUCAUUGUCACCUCUUAUCUGUCCAUAUUUUACAUGGUUUAUCGCUCAAGACACACUCUGGCAUCUAUUUCAUCAACAAACAAAACCUUUAUCAGCAAAGAUCUGAAGCUCACCAAGAUUGCCUUGGUGGUAUGCUCCACUUUCCUGCUGGCCUGGAUGCCGUACGCCGUGGUGUCCCUCUACACCGCCCUGACCGCCAGGGAGGAGUACGACGUGGCCGCAAUGCCCGCAGCGCUGCCUCUGCCAGGGGAGGGCAUCAUCGCCGGUGGCGGUGUGGGCAACACCACAACCGGGCUCUUUGCGCCCGUCAACAUCCUCUCCAUCUUCAACCGGACUGCAGAGGAAAGCCUGCUCUUCAGCCCCACAGCUCCACCCGCACACAGCGUGUGGGGCAGCAACACCACUGCAGGCUACAUGGGCAGCCCCUGGUCGGCUUGGGGCUCCGCCGCGUUCGUACCCGGGUCCGGUCCUGCCUCCGGUGUGGGCGUCACCCCUCCGCAGGUGGUGCGUGCCGUGUCCAGCUUGGCGCCAGAGGUGUCUCUCAUCCCCACCAUGUUUGCCAAAGCGCACUCCUUCAUGAACCCCUUCAUCUACCAGUUCAUGAACUGCGAGUUCAGACGGGACGUGUACCGCAUGCUGGGCCUCCGCUACAGGGUCCAGAGGAAGAGCACGGCCAGGUCCACCAGCUUCUCCAACGGAAAGCAGAGCUCCAUUGCCCUUUCUCAUCACCACAGCUGGAGAGAAAGAAGCAGGAGCACCUUGACUGUGGUUUCUCUCAGAGAACUCUCAGCCAGGAGAGGGUUUGUCACUAAGGAGCUAGAAUCAUCUCACCACAGGAGAGGGUUCCACACCCAAAUGCAGGAGGAGCUAUCUCACAGGAGCGGUUUUGACACUGACAAGGAGGAACUAUCACGCAGGAUAGAGCUGGCAGGUACAAGAGGAGGCAGUGCUGUCACAGUGGAGCUCUCACACAUCAGGACAGAGGUGGGCAGAGGCUUGGACCACCACAGUCUGCAACUCAAACGAGGGUCUGAAGACUUAUGGCCCUCACCCAGCCACUCUCUCUCAGGACAUCCAGGCCAAACACGCAGACACCCAGAGCAUGAGGAUAGCCCAGGAAGAAUGAAAACAACCAAUGGCCACAGACAUUUAGAAGAUACAGCUAGCAAUGGCAUACUCAUUACAGCGGCCGAUUUAUAUGAGUAA